CACCACAACAUUAAGUUACACCUUCCUUUUCUGUGAAAUUGUACAAAAUUUUUUAAUAAGAAUUCACAUUUAUAUCAGUUUAUUCAACUUUCUUCAAAGGAUAUGACAGGUUCUGGAGAAGGACAUAAUGAUAUUUCAGCGAUGAACCAAAAGUUUGCUUCAUUGGAUUUAUUUGAUUCUCCAAAAGUGAGAACUGAAAGAGAAGGGAGACCUGCUCGCUUACUAGAAGGAUUACAAUCCGUAAAUGCUGAAACAGCUUUUAUACAAACGCAUUCUCUUCAACACGAAUGGACAUUAUGGUUCCUGAAGCCUCCUACGCAGGGUUUGGAAUGGGGCGAUUUGUUAAAGGAAAUUAUUUCAUUUAAGGAUGUGGAAGAAUUUUGGGGUAUUUUCAAAACGAUUGCAAAAGCAUCUAUGCUUCCUGCGAAAUCAGACUAUUCAUUCUUUCUUAAAGGUAUACGCCCAGAAUGGGAAGAUCCUCACAAUAUGAAUGGAGGAAAAUGGGCUUAUCAAAGCAAGCACAAAGGAUCAAACUUGGACGAGCUAUGGCUAUAUAUGGUUCUUGCAGCGAUAGGUGAAACGUUGGAUCCCACCGGGAAGGAAGUCACCGGUGUUGUUUGUAACAUGAGAAGAGGUUUUUACAGGAUUGCUGUGUGGACACGUAAUUGUAAUGACAGAGAAGUUUUGGAAAGAAUUGGUCUUCGUUUCAAAGAGAUUUUGGGCAUCUCUGAGAAAGAAACUAUAGAAUAUAGUGCUCAUGAAGACUCUUCAAAAGCGGGCAGUAUGCGCGCAAAAACCCGUAUGAGUUUGUAAAUGACGUGGAUAGUGAUGUUUGUUUCUUUCUUGAAAAAUGUAUUUUUGUAUUUUACGAAUCGAAUUGUAUGGGUGUGUUAUUAUUUCUUCCUUUUCUGUCUAGAGUAUGUGUUUAUCAAUCAUUUUUGUCUUAAAAUGAAUUACAAGGAAAAUGUAAAAAUUAAUUCAUUAAUCAUAAUCUAUUUAAUU